CAAUAUAAAAUGAAUUAUAAUAAAAUUAUAAAUGGAUUUUUACAGAUGAACUUAUCCGUCAAGUGACAUUACAUAGCACUGAACGAGGCUUAUUAUUAUUGAGAGUCCGAGAUGAACUUCGCAUGACUCUUUCAGCUUAUGAAACUCUUUAUGAAAGCAGCGUAAUUUUUGGAACACGGAAAACGUUGCAAGCUAAACAAGAUAUAGAAGAAACAGAUAAAAUAUUGGAAAAACUUAGAAGCACCAGAGAAACUUUAAAUCGACAAGUAGAAGAGCUUACUGCCAGAUGUACAAUGAUUGAAAAAAACGCUAAAGAAAAGCGAGAAACCGAUGAAAAGAACUAUACUAAUGAAAUACAGUUUUUGAAAAGAGUCAAUCAACAAUUGAAGGCUCAGUUUAACAGAAUCGUCGGUACUAUAAAAUAAGCAACGUAAAGUAAGAAUGAAUGUUAAAUUUAAAAAUAAGUAUAUAAUUUUUCAAUCUUGACAAUGUCUUCGUUGAAUUUAUUUUCUGUAUUUAUUAAAUAAAUUAACAGAUUCAUUCAUUAGUAGUGAUGAUAAUGUAAAUAAUUUAAUGUUAUUUCAAUUUGUUUUUCAAAU